AUGAAGGAUAUUCUCAAACGUGCUGGCAUGGUGGACUGCAAGCCAGUAAUCACGCAUGUCUCUUCUGCAAAAAUCACAGACGACGUGGUCGUUCCCUAUGACGAUCCAACACAAUACAGGAGUCUAGCUGCUGCUCUCCAGUAUCUUACGGUAACUCGUCCGGAUCUAUCUUAUGCUGUUAAUCUAUUGUGUCAACAUAUGCAUGUUCCCACUACUACAGACUGGGCAUCUCUAAUGAGAGUCUCGUGUAAUCUUAUAUCUUGGGUUUGUCGGAAGCAACGAACUGUGUCACGUUCUUCGACUGAAGCAGAAUACAAGGGAGUUGCUGAUGUAUCUGCAGAAGUUACAUGGCUCGUUUCUCUGUUACAUGAAAUCGGCAUCCCGCCUGCAUCUCCUCCUCGACUAUGGUGCAAGAUGGUGUCCAGCGAGUCUCAAGAAAACGAGAUAAGGAAGCAAAAUCAGAGAACCUAG